AUGUCUUCCAGAUCUCCCUCUCGAAGAAAUCCCACCGGCAACGAAGGAGGAAAACGCAAACACAGAGAAUCCAGUAGCGUUUCAUCUGGCAAUAGCAAUAUCAAUGGCAAGAAGAAAGAACGUGCCAAGCCUCCCAAAGAUCGUGCAAGAACUGAAGCAGGCCCCUCUUCAACAAAACGUUCGGACUCUCAAGAUUCAAGGAAAAGCUCAGAGAAAUCCCAGUGGUCUUCAGAUGGCGAGCUUCCGGAAGGUGUUACGAGCGCGACAGAUCUAGCCCUCCACCGGAACCGAGGAAAUCGCCAGGCAUCAAAUGAUAGUCCACCGCCUCCACGCUCCCCACCUAAACUUCAAAGAGAAAAGUCUCUAGACUCUUUUCCUUCUUUGAGUGAGACGCAAAGCGAGAAGAUUGAAUCAGAUAUUAAGCGUAUACGAAUGAAGAGAGAUUGGCUGGACCUCAAUAGCUCAGCGGACAGAGAAGCAAAGCGUCGAUACGACCGCCAAAUUGAAGAAUCUGAAGAACGAUUGAGGCAAUUAAGGAGAGGUUGA